AUGGAAUCUCGCAAACAAGGGCAGAUUAUUCAUAGUGAUACAAAAAGUGUUGUGCGACAACUAAUUAAAAAGUGUGAUGAAGAAGCGAGAAGUGGACAACUUCUCCACAACAUCCGACAAGCUAAUUUCCGAAUAGCCGCCUAUUCGGGGUUGUCAAUAUCAUCAAUUACUAAGAUUCGAAAGCAAGAUUUAGAAUGUGGAGAAGAAGAGAAAUUACCAUCUCCACCAAACAAAAAACUAAGAACAUCCAUAGUAGACUGCUCUGAAGAAACAAAAAGUGUAAUAAAAAAUGUUAUUUACAAUUUUUAUAUUGAAAGAAAGAUUGUACCUAGUGGGCCCAUGCUACUAGCAGCUAUAAAGGAAAAAACAGAUUUUCCAUGGGAAUUACAUAGUUUAUACAGGUUGCUGAAAAACAUGGGCUAUAAGUGGAGGAAAAGUAACAAUAUUCGUAAAAUCCUAAUCGAAAAGCCAAAUAUUGUUAUGUGGAGGGGGAAAUAUUUGAAGGCCAUCGAUUACUAUCGAAGGCAAAACAAAAAUAUUGUGUAUAUCGACGAAACAUGGGUCGACAAUACCCUAUGUUUUGGAAAAUGCUGGCAAAGUGAAGAUAUGUUAGGUGUAUUAAAAAAUACCAGUUCUUCUCACCGAUACAUAAUUGUCCACGCUGGAGGAGAAGAUGGAUUUGUAAAUGGAGCUGAGUUGAUUUUUAAAGCCAACAGUACGACAGGUGAUUAUCACGGACAAAUGAAUUCGGAAAAUUUCGAAAAAUGGCUUACGCAAAAAUUAAUACCCAACUUAACAAAACUGAACAAAACCCCAACCAAAAAUGCAACAAAAAAACAAAUGAUCGAAUGGUUAUUAAAAAAUAAUGUAACGCACGCAGAAAGUAUGCGAAAAUUCGAAUUAUAUGACUUAAUAAGCAAAAAUAAACCGGAUAACAAACAAUUUAAAGCUGACGAACUAUUAAAAUUACACGGACAUAAUGUGUUAAGAUUGCCCCCAUACAUGUGCGAAUUAAACCCGAUAGAGUUAGUAUGGGCACAAAUUAAACGUACAAUAAAGGAGAAAAACGUAUCCACAUUGAGUAACGAGGCAUUACAAUCGACAUUAGACGAGGCUAUAAACGUAGUAACCAAGGAAAAUUGGAAAAAUUAUUGGAACCACAUUAAAAAAAUCGAGAAAGAAUAUUGGGAAAAAGAUAGUUUAAUGGAAGAUGCAUUGGACACAUUACAAGGAGACGAAGAAUAUGACAGUGACACGGAGAAAUCUACCAGUGAAGAAGAUUCAGAGUAA